GCACCUGGGAGACGCCCGCGCCGGUUGGGGCAGGCGUGGCCGUGGGGCGGAGGGCGGUAGCCGGCCGCGGUCGGGGCGUCAGGCCGGGUGGCGGGGUGGGCAGGGAGGCGGCGCUUGCGGGUCGUGGGCCGACGUGCUCUGUGAGCGGCGCCCCGGCGGCCGGGCUGGCGCCUCUCGAGCGCCCGCGCCCAUUUUGCCCGCCCGCUGAAGAGAGCCGUACGCGGCCUACACGCUCCGGGGACAGCCCUUUAAGGCGGCCUCGCCGCGCGCGCCGGCCUCCUGAGCCAGGGGGGACGCUCUUUUGAAAUUCGGUCCUAAGACAGUUCAGGUUUUAUUUUAUUUCGCUUUGUUUCCAAGUUACGGCCCCUGAAUUUUGUACAACUCUCCCUGGACCACUUCCGGUUGCCGGCCCUCGCCUCAUAACUUCGGUUCGGGUGACCUCGGCCCGGGAUGCCCCUCGGCUCGCCCCAGGCUCACGUCCCGAUCCUGGCUUGAGUGGCCCAGGGCGGGGGACCUGGAAGUUUUAGCCUCGCUGCUCCUGAGGCGGAUUAAUUAGCCCAAGAAACAUUAUAUUCAUGCUUAGGUGGAGAAAAGCAGGGCUAGAAUUGGAACCCAAAGCCCAGAAUGGCAGGAGAGGAUGUGGGGGCUCCACCCGAUCACCUCUGGGUUCACCAAGAGGGUAUCUACCGCGACGAAUACCAGCGCACGUGGGUGGCCGUCGUGGAAGAGGAGACGAGUUUCCUAAGGGCACGAGUCCAGCAAGUUCAGGUUCCCUUAGGUGACCCAGCUAGGCCAAGUCACCUUCUUACCUCCCAGCUACCUCUCAUGUGGCAACUCUACCCUGAGGAACGCUACAUGGAUAACAACUCUCGCUUGUGGCAGAUUCAGCAUCAUUUAAUGGUCAGGGGAGUACAGGAGCUGUUGCUUAAGCUUUUGCCUGAUGAUUAACCUGGUGCUGGGAUUCUAGGAAGAUAUGCUCCUCUGUUCUGUUCAGUAUAUGGCAAUCACUUCAUCCACCACUGCAGUGCACCCACCUGUGGGCCUGUGGGGAGGGAGUGGGUUGAAAAACUGCUCAAGAACACAGAAGCUUAGGAAGGGUCAUGAAGAACACCACAAAUGGAACUGCAGAGAGGGGGUUACGUAGGCAGAAAGCAAGUCAACAAAAGCACUUAGUCAGGAUACGUAACUUGAAAUUGACUCCUUUGGAAAUUGCCAUAGAACCUUUAAUGGACAUCAUCAGCUGGAACUGGGAUCUGAUGAAUCCCACAAAAGUCAGCACCUGCUACAGAACAGAUGCCCUGAUCACCAAGGACUUGGUACUGAUUUAGAGAGAAGAGAGCAGCUCCUAGCAGCAUCAACAUCUAUUUGUCGCUUAUUUGCCCUGCAGCAAUUCACCUGCCUUUCCUUCCCCCAUCCUGUAAAUAUCCUAGGUUUUGCUCCAGUGUUUCCCCUCCCAGUACUGACCUAACUUGGAUCUACUGAGAACUUAGGGGGCUCUGAAAAAAGAGGAGGUUAUUUGAAUUAAUGAAAUUAGCUGCAAAGGCUCCUGGGCCUUUUUCCUUUCUGAAAUUGUGCCUUCAAAUUAUUAGAGGUUGCUAAUCAAAAUCGUGGGCACUUCAAUUCAUUCUCUGGUUACAGAUAUUUUAAAUAAGUUAGUUUCUGUAAGAGCUCCAAAAAUUAUUUUAGCUGCUUAACUAGCACCUUUCUCAGGAAGUAAUAGCACCAAAUAUUGCUGAUUCCUAGGAAAGCAUUUACUACCUGAUAAAGAAUUUUCUGAGUUAAAGUAGUCAACUGUUUAUGUACAUUAAAAGUAAGGUUUUACUUUCUAAAAAAUCUUGGGAAUCAUAGCUACCAUGUAUUGAAUCCUUACUGCCUUCCUUCCAGGCACUAUUCUGUGCACUUUAUAUACUUUAUCACACUUAAUCCUUCCAUUAAUGCUUUGAGGUAGGUAGGAAUGGUCCCCGUUUUACUCAUGAAUUAUAAGGAAAAAGGCUCAAGGAGUUUAAUCAUUUACCAAGGGUGGUUCUGUGAAUGAUAGAUCUGAGCAGUGGACAGGCCUAUUUGGCUGUGGCAUCGGCUCCUCUAGCCCACAAUUGGUUUACAAUAUUCAAGAUGAGGUGAUUGAAUUCAAGGUUUUAUUUUCAUGUAAAGCUAUUUAUGUCUUCCAAAUUGAAUGAAAUGGAUAUUAUAAAAAUACAGUUGAUUCAUCCUAUGAAUGGGAAGAGUAUUUUUUAGUGCAAUUGUUUUCUAGCGUACCUGGUUGUCUCAGAAGAAAAUUCCAUCUAGAGGGGCUUUAAAGUCUUUAUGGAUAAAAGACAAAAUAAAAAUCAUUUUUCUUAUUUUAG